AGCGCCAAUUAGAUACCUAUGGACAAACAUGCCAACUAUGAAAAGCAUCACAACAAGCAUGGACGAAUCGACGCAUAUAAAGGAAAACAUUGAUUUCCGUCGCAAUCUCGCAUUAAUGCGAAAAACUGGGAUGUUCUGCGAUGCCAAUAUUUGCAUUCCCGGCGAAUCGAAAACAUUGCCUGUUCAUCGGGCAAUCAUGUCAAGUUGCAGCGAAUUCUUCAGAUCUCUUUUCACCAACGGUCUUCAAGAAACCCUUACAAAUGAAGUGACAAUCCAAGGAAUUUCUAUGAAGAUGAUGGAAAUGGUAAUUGAUUACGCUUACACGAAAGAAGUUACAAUUACUACCGACAUUGUUGAAGAGUUAUUCGCAGCCGCCGAUAGAUUCAACGUUUUAGGCCUAUUACAAGAAUGCAUAGAUUUCUUUGCGUCAGAAAUAGCUCCGGAAAAUUGUAUCGGGUUUCUACGAUUUGCCAGAUACUACAACAACAAAGAACUUGGCGAUUUAUGCUGGGUCUUUGUCACGUCACAUUUCAAAGAAAUUACAGAGCGUAGUGAUGAAUUCUCGCAAUUAGAACCAGAAGAGCUGUAUGAGAUUAUAUCUGACGAUAAGCUUAACGCUCAUUUGGAAGACGACGUAUAUGAAGCAGUUAUGAAGUGGACAGACUUUGCUCCAAGGGAACGUAAAGAGCAUGUCACAAUUCUUCUCGAGGCGGUCAGAUUUCCGUUUAUAACAGAAGAAUGCUUCAAAGACAAGAUUUUACAUCGCAGGGACCUCAAACGAGGCCCAUGUAUGGACAGGAUAUUAGAGUCAUAUGAUAUGGUGAAGAAAUACCGAUCAACAAGAGAUCCAUCGGUAAAAUCAAAAACCUUCAUGUUGACCCAAACGACGAUGCCCCGGAUUCCAAAUCAGGUUAUAAUCGUUCUCGGUGGAUGGGCAAAAGAAGGAGUAACGGAUUCAGUUGAGACAUACGACAAGGUCGCUGACCAGUGGUUCGAAAUAAGGGAAUGCGAGUUGCCCCGGCCCCGGGCCUAUCACGGCACUGUAACCAUUCGAGAUAAGAUUUACGUCGCAGGUGGGUUCGACGGGUCGAAUUACUUGAACGGAAUGGUCAUGUUUGACGUCUCGAAGAAGAAGUGGGAAGAAAAGGCGUCCAUGUACAUGUCCAGAUGUUACGUCAGCGUCGUUGAGAUCGACGGCGUUAUAUAUGCCUGCGGCGGAUACGACGGACGUCAGCGUCAUAACUCCAUGGAGCGCUACGACCGGACGCGGAACCAGUGGACGCUCGUCACGCCCAUGUUUAACCGCCGUAGCGACGCUGGGGCGACCACUCUAAGAGGCAAACUCUACAUCGCCGGCGGAUUCGACGGCACGGCGUGUCUGCUAACGGCCGAAAUGUACGACCCCGUUGCCGACCAGUGGACGCUCCUCACCCAGAUGGCAAUGCGGCGCAGCGGCGUCAGUCUUGUGGCCUGCGAGGACCACGUGUACGCCGUUGGCGGAUAUGACGGUCACCGCCGCCUCGAGACGGUGGAGUACUUUGACCACAUCCGGGGCCUAUGGCAUUCUGCCACCAGCAUGCUUCUCGGGCGGAGUAAUUUCUCGUGCGUUGUCAUGGACGGAAAUAUUUAUGCUAUGGGAGGCUACGACGGUGAGAAAACGUCACCGGAAAUGGAGUGCUACCGAUCGGACAAGAAAACCUGGUACGCCAUGAACGACAUGAAGAUCGGAAGAAGUGCAGUUAGCGCAUGCGCCGUUCGCGACAUUUACAACACACGCGACUUCUCGUUUCACGGCAAUGGUGCCAGAGCCACAGACAUUGAUGAGAUCUUCGGGGAAACGGAAACAGCCACGGCGACCAAAAACACGGAGUUCGCACGCAGACUGAACAAAUGGAGAACGUCUCCAAAUGCACGAGGAAAUGUAACGGAGAUCUGAAGCGCAAUAUACUGUGUUAGAGUGAAUGACACAUUUUUUGAAGAAUAUAUAUGUGUGCAAACUCAAA